AAUAAUAUCAUAACUCAUAAACAAAUCGUAGAAUAUUUUUGGCCUUUACCAAAAAGCAAAGAGAAAAAUUCUAUUUAUGUUACAGAAUUUGGACGAGAAGUUCUUAAACUUCCUACUGACAAACCUUUAUUUUGGUCAGCUACUGGAGUUGGUUCUUAUGUCUCUUUACGAGAAGGAUUUUUUGAAAACGAUAAAUUUAUUAUUGAAAUUCUUGCAGAGUAUAGUAAAGUGAAAAGCGUACAGUUGCCACUUGAUAUGUUAAAUGAAUUGAAAUUAGCAGGUGUUGAAUUAGCCCCAGUUCCUGCAGGAAUGGUUAGACAAAAUCUAAAGGGUAUAAACAAUCUUUCAAGCAAAUAUAGAUACAAUCAGUUAAUCAAAUUAUUAGUAUUUAUUUUAGAAGAUGAAAAUUAUGAGGAUUUAGACGAUAUUUAUUUGAUUCCAUUAUAUGAUAAUCAAUGGGGUAAAUUUGAUAACCGAUCUGAACAAAAAUAUUAUUUAGCAACUCGCGAGCAACAAAAUUUGGUACCACAUGUAAAUUUAUCUAAUUUUGUUUAUGACAAAUAUUGUGAACACUCAAAGUUAAAAGCUAUUUUUGAACAUGAGAAAUUUCAUGAUCAAACGAAUGUAAGAAAAUUUAACGCCACAUCACUUGCGUCCCUUUUAGCAUUUGAACUUCAACCAGAACAAAAAAUUACAAAUUGGGAUCCAGAAUCAACAACAAUUCCAAAUAAAAAAUGGUUAGAUGAAAUUUGGAAAAUUAUUUUGGAAUCAAAUACAA